AUGACUUCGGUCUAUAUCGCACGGGAUGAGUACGACGAUGACGAUGACGAACAGCAAUUCGAUUCAGCCGGAACCUCGUACACGAACGGCGCGACCGCGAACGAGGACGCUGGCGAUGACGCUGAGUACGACGAGCAAGACUACGAGCAGGGGUACGGCGAGGAGGAAUACUACGAGGAAGAAUACUACGAAGAGGAAGAUGCAGAUGUCAUCCCGGAACCUCCUGCACGACCCGUCAAACCUGUUUCGGAUGUGGACGACUCGGUCUAUUACGAUCAUACCUCGUUGAUGAGGUGUUGGACGUCCGCCCUGUCCGAUUACAAGGUGGAUUUAAUCUACCUAUACUGGACUCCUGCGUACGCUAACUUCGGCCCUCCUGAGCCUCCCACAGUUCCUUCAUCCUUCCUCUUUCCUUCCCUCGACCGAAGCCCCUCGAUCCAAGCGGGCCAAGCAUCUCGCUGCACCACUGUGAGGAUACUAUCCAUCCAUCUCACCAUGAACAACAUUGAUUAAACACUAUCUCCCGCUCAACAGAUGGUAUGGCCCCCUCCCUCUCGCCGGCACAAGCUCAACCACCGGUCGAUCCCCCUCCGUAUUCUCCACGAGCACGAGCACCACCACCAACACGAACGGCGGUCCACCCUCGUACCACAACAUGUCGGCAAACCAAAAAAGGAACGCCAAGAAACGUGCGAGGAGGGAUCGAUUGACCGCUCAACAGGCGACACAAGAAGAGGAGAUUUCCCCUUUCAUCGGAGGUGAGGCCCUCGAGGGUGGGGGUAAGAGGAGACGAGUCGGUCCUCGAGACGGGAGUCACGACGAGCCGAGUUGGACACCACAAUCGCCGGGCUUUCAGAGAGAUGCAUCUGUGGAAGCUAAGGAAGCGGAGGAAGACGAGGAGGUCGGGGAAGCGCAAGAAGCUAGGGACCUCGAGACGGACGAGGGACUGACGGGGCCAUCCACACAUCCACCGUCAACACUCACACGGGAUUCGACACGAACGAAAACUUUUCCUACUGCAGCCGGGCCGAGUCUACCUUCCUCUUCUUCCCUGUCCAACGCAGCGUCAUCCUUUCUCCCUAAUCUCACCGAGCCCUCACCCUUCACCUCAUCCCGCUUACCGAAGAACCAAACCCAUCCGUCAAAAAAACCCACGACUUUCCCUUCCCCGCCCCCGAUCGUCCCUCUCGACCCCGAAACCAUCACCUCAGUCCGGGCCGAAAGGCUUGAAGCCGCACGCCAAAGAAAAGUUCGACAACUUCAGAAAGGCCCAUGCGAGGAAGUGGCGGAAGUCGAGGGGGAGGAUGAGAGCGAGCAAGGCUUGUUGCAGAGUGCGCUGUGGGCUUGGUAUACGGCGGGGUAUCAGACAGCAUUGUAUCAUGCUGCUGUAGGAGUGGCCGGGGCAACGGAAUGA